AUGAAGUUUACGCCCGUCAACCUCUCCGAUGAUGCGGUGUGGGACGCGGAGGGCCUCCGCGAUCCAUUCACCUUGGUCCUCGGGCACUUUGAGACCCUUUCUUUAGGGCUUGACGGGGUCCUCCGAGCUCUUCAAAACCGCUCGGACGGCGUCGUCAGACUGAAGUCGCGUGUUUGGGGCCUGUUAAACACCGCGCUCGGGCCCGCGGCUUUCUCCCGGAUGGUGGUCGCGAACAUCGUCCCGUUCUCCGGCCACCACGACACGGGGAAGGAGAUGUGGCUCGGCUUCCCACCCUUCGCUGAGGCCUUGGUGAAUAGGCUGUUCUUGUGUGCCUUGAACUGCCUGGGGCCACCGGAAAAGGUAGCCGGCUUCGGCCUUCCGGUGAAAACCUGGCUCGGGGACAACGUCGGCGACGGCGCCGCGGACUCCCCGAGGCCGCUCUGGCCGGGAGAGGAGAUCUCCGUCGGGCCCAAGUGUGUGCAUCUCUGCCUCUUCACUCAGGCCCGCUGGAGAAACCUCGCGCUGAGGCGCCCGAGCUGGUUCAAGCUCUUUGGUGAGUUUGUAACUUACCUCGGCGGGGAGGGCGAGGCGGCGGCGCAGCAGCUCAUCGCCGCGCUGUCCAAGGACGCGGGCGUCGACUACGACCCCGAGUACGCGCAGAGGAUGGAGGAUUGGCAGAAGGAGAGGCUGUCAAAGUACGGCUUCUACGGCUCCGAGUGGUCCCCUCGGCGGACCCGCUACUUCAGAAACUAUCAGUCCAUGUGGGGCUGUCGCGUCGACAAGAAGGUCAAGGAGGCGCGGAUUGAGCACCUGAGACAGUUCGGUGCCUGGGGACUGCAGAUCUCGGCUAAGGUGAUCGAGGCGCGGAAGGCCAAGCUCAGCGCCUCGGUGAGGCGCCACUGGGACGACCCCGAGCUCGGCGCGAACCGCAGGCUGGCGCAGAGCGAGGAGAGCAAGGAGUGGUGGGACGACCCAGAUUUCGGCGGGUCCAGAAAAGAGGCCACCGGCUUGUCCAUGUACAAGGCGUCCGCGGCAAAGAGAGGGAUCGAGGAUGAACCGAUCUGCCUCCCGGCCGGGACGCGCUGCGCAUGCGGCAAGACGAUCACUCGCAACGUGAUUGUCGGCCUGGCAGUGAGGAAAACCCGGGGUAGGGCGCACCCGAAGAUUUCGUUUGCGUGCCCUCAUCACGCACCCGGCAAGACAGUCAACGUUGCCUUGACAUCGGCUGCGGAACGCGCCAAGGUGAUCGACACGGUUCCCGACGACGGGGGACCCAAGCUGGAGGCGGCGAUCGUGAUGAGGUUGCAGCUCAUUGUUGAGCGCUACAACCGAGCGGGCGUUGCAGCGCACGGCGACGAGUUCGAGAAGUUGGUCCUCAAGGAGCGCCACCUUUCUACGAAGAUAUCUGCGACCGGCGGGUCCAGGUCGUCCACCGGCGGAUCCGGCAAGAAGCGCCCGCGCGGGAUGGACAACGAUGAGGACCCGCGCCGGAACGGGCGCAUCCGCAACCUGCCCGCGCCCAUCUACACCACCUUUGAGCGCGACUGA